GAUCCAAAUUAUGAACCCGAAGAAGCAUUAAAGGGUUUUGAAAAGGCUGAUGAUGCAAAGACUGCAAACGAUAAUGCAGCCCAAGUCCUUUCAAAAGUUUUAGCAAACCGACCAACAAAAAAUUUGUUAUUAUUCGGUGAUAAGGUUGAUAAGAUUGAAUAUUACACCCAAAAAUUCUUUGAAUACGAUAAAUUAGUUGAAGUUGGAAGACGGGGGGCUUAUUCAACUUCAUCUAUCGGUUUCGUGACCUUCGAAAACAUAGCUAGUGCGCAAUUAGCUUCACAAGUACUUGUUCAUUCAGAACCAUUUAAAUGUCAUACCGAACUUGCCCCUGAACCACGUGAUAUUUAUUGGUAUAAUAUGGCAAUCCGAACACGAGAAAUGUUUAUUAGAAAUGUGAUUGUUAACGUUCUUAUUUUCUUUCUUGUGUUUUUCUGGUCUGGACCUAUUUCACUUUUUGCUUCACUGUUGAGUCUUAAGAGUUUGGAGAAAUUUUUUCCAUGGUUAGCACAUUUAGCAGAAAAGAAUGAAGCCUUAAAGGAUUUUAUUCAAGGAACUUUGCCAACUUUGUUCGUAUCUCUAUUCAAUGCACUUUUACCGAAAAUCAUGAUUUUCUUAUCUAGACUUCAAGGAUUUCAUGCUCGUAGCACUAUCGAGCUUUCGACAUUUGCCAAAUAUUACUUUUUCUUGUUAAUGAAUGUAUUGCUUGUAUUUUCCAUUGUCGGAUCAGUAUUCAAGAAUAUUGAAGAAAUCUCUAGAAAUUUGCCAGAAAUUGCUUAUAAAUUAGCUACAACAUUGCCUCAAGUUUCAUCAUUUUUUGUCAAUUUUGUUGUCAUCCAAGGGAUUGGUUUGUUCCCAAUUCAUUUGUUGCAAUUAAAAGAAGUCGCUUAUACUUGGAUUAUGC